AUGGCGGAAGGAGAUGGAGAGAUCUGGGGCAUAUGGCCGAGAAACAUGGCAUCCGAGUAUUCGGUCGGGUCAACAACCCUCACAACGGGUGCCAUCCUCGGAAUUGCCAUCGGAGGGGCUUUCCUGCUUUUUCUCUUGUUGGCCGGCAUUGGCAUUCUCCUCGUCAAGAAGAGGCAUCGGCGAGAGAGGGCACGAAACCCCGAGGGAGGCGACGACGAGCAUAUGGAUAUGGACAUGGAUCUGAAAACGGCAAUCCGCUGCACUCAACCACCGGACGUUGGUCGCGGACGCAGGCUGUCACAUUCAUUCGCCCCGUUUCUUCCCGUCACAGACAAUGACACGCGGCACGAGUGGACUAAGCAGGAUGGCUUGCAGGUGCCACCGAUGGCGAGAUCAAACUCAACGCACCGGAAAGGGUUCUUCAGGACACCAAGUGUGCGAGAUUCCUGGCCAUUGAUAACACCGCCGACUCUUCCAUUUCUUCCCGGGCAGUCGUCUAUGGUACCCUGCCCAGUGGCGCCGCCUGGAUACGUUGUUGGGGAUAUUGCAAGAUGGCCCAAGAGGACGGCGCCGAUCCUGGGACGCAAGAACUCUCAGGAUAGCUCCAAGUCUGCGUCACCGACUCGAGAUCCACACGUCCUGGAUGUGAUGCCAUACCGCAGGAUCCAUCGAAGGUCGACCUCGGAAGAUCAGCUGUCCACGAUACUCCGAUCCACCUCCCAGCGUCUGAGGGAUGCCCAGAGGAAAUCGAUGACUCGGACUCUGAGCUCACUGGCCCAAUCCCCGGGACUUCCUCCAUCGGAGCGACUUCCGACACCGCCAAUGAGAAAAGCAAUCGAGAGUCGGGAAGUUCUGAUCGAUCCUCCAGAGAACGCCGAGUCUGUCGGCAGCUCCAUCUACGAGUACGCUCGAACGCCGAGUCCGAAUAAGCGAACUAGCAGAAGCCACAGUCAGCGAUCGCUAGCACCAUCUCCCGCGAGCUCCAACAGGUCCCCCAAGUUUCCAAAAUCUCCAAGUCCAUCAGUGGAGUCCAAAGAUAGCCUGUGUGAAGUCGACACACCAGACCGGGUAAUCCCGUCACCGCUUGCCUCUCCUAGUAGGCGGUCGUCUCGAGAACCCAAGAGGCAUCCCAUGCGGACCUCCUCUGAUGCAAAAGACGUGUCCGUCACGAUCCACAAUGAUGCUCCGGCACCGUUGUUUGCCACCGGAUCAGAAGGCGUCGCAAGAAGCAAAUCGGUUCUCAAGAAGCCCCAGCGCAUAUCGCUAACGAGCGACCCUUUCUACACGUCAGUGCGAAGCCCGAAGCCAAUAAUGCCUCUUUCUCUCGUCCAGGGGCCUCGCCCCAUGUCCAUCCGGAAAGCAACGUUUGGCCAGGAGGCCAACCCCGAGCGACCGCCAGACUUCAAUUCUCCGCUCCGAGAUGUGUCCGGAAAUGCUCGUACUACACCCAAAAGUCCCCUUCCAGAUCCUCCAGCCCGGACCGAUCAGAACCCUUUCCAAUGGUCGCCUCAGGAAGCAAUGCACACGCGAGAUACCCAAACAAGUCCUAUGCGAUCCAGCCCGCACAAGAAGGGCCACAAACGCUCCAACAUAGUCCGCGUUCCCAACCUCUCGAGGCCUCCGAGCACAAUCGUCGAUGCUGUCCCCGAAGAACCGGAGGAGGCGUCACCGCUACGUCGGAAUGCCAACCCACGCUAUUGCUCCUUUCUGUCCGCCUCGCCCCCAAAGAGCACAAACUCCAGCCCGACCAGAUCAGUCGCCUCCAGCAGAAGGACAAGCGUUCGCCCACCCAGCACGUCCACAUUCAACCCGACCGUUAUUAUUGCUGCGCUGAACUCGCCUUCCCUUGCGCUCACACCAGAACAGUCUCCAACACAUCGCUCGCCAACAAGCGAGGCAGGUCCAUCUCCUACGAUGUCAAUCUGUAACUAUUAUAAUGAGCUCGACACUCCCACCUCCGAACAUGGCUUCUUUAAGCCCAAAGCUCCCAUCUCUACCUCUCUGCAGGCAUCGCCGUCCACCAAGAAGGAGCGCCGCCGUGCAAAGAACUACUCUGCCGACUACUCUGCCGACUUGGCUCUCUUCUCUAGUCAUCAAAAUCAACAGAAUCAGCACGAGCGUCUCCUAUUCUUCCCGCCAUUACCACUCGCGACCCCAAGCCCGACCCUGACUCCACGACCUGACUCCCGACCACUGCCAAACAUCACUUCAACGAUGAGCGGACUGCGUUCGAAAGCAGUCACACCCGCACCUCCCCUCCUCACUGGGCCAGACCACCCCACCGGCCCACGCUCUGAGCCAGGAGCACACACACGUGCAACACUCAGCCCUCCGCGCGAUUCAAUGGCUUCAACUAUUGGCAUGCUGCGCCGCAUGAACUCCGAGAUCUCGCUUGACAGCUGUAACUCCCUCGCCAGCAUCGAAAACGAACACUCGCCCGCUCUCCUCGGUCGUCGAUCACCCACGAGAUCCCGCCUCUCCACAUCAACAACCUACACCCCUCUGAUUGAAGAGCGCGGCCGCAGCAGAGGCUCCCAGCACUAUCUAUCGCUCGGCCGGCCAUUGUCGCGUACCCACGAGCGGAGGACGAACCGCACGUCUGGGGUGGAAAAGAGGGAUAGCCACAGGAUCCACAAGGAGAAGAGGAAGAAGAGGUCCGAGGAGCAGGGGAGCGGCAUGUUGGUUGACGAGUUGACGCCCGUGAAGGAAGGGAGCAGUCCGCUCGCGGCGCCCAAUUCUCUGGAUCGGGCGACGGAGAGAAACACGAUUGCCAACGCGCUGGGCUUGAGGUUCCCGACGCUGAGCCAUGAGGGUAGCGUGAGGGUCACGCCGACGAAAGAGAGAGAGCGGAGGGGAAGGCAGAGGGAGAGCGUGCUGGCAGGUGUUGAGAGAGAUGAUUUCCAUGGAUUCGAGCCUGUUGCGAAGAGCGGCGGUGUUGACGGAAUGAUGGAGAGCGAUCAUCACGAUGACGAGGAUGAUGCGGAUGAGGAGAAGAGCAGAUCCAGGUGGUCCGACGCCAUGUGCAAACCAGCCGCGCUGUCCAUCCGCCGCGAAAGUAAAAUGGAGCAUCCCGCGCCCGUCACGCCUCCCAAGUGGACACUUAGCGGUCUAGGGCUGGCGGGCGUCCGACUGAUGGAUCAGGACGCUGGGGAUCGUGUCAAUAGGGCAGAGGGGGGAGAUGACAGAGCCGGAAGGCCUGGCAGUUCGGGGUAUUAUGAUAAUAAAGGCUUUUUGAAGGACAGCCCCGAUCGAGAGACGAUCUCGAGGAUGGAGGCCAAGGAGGGUAAGAUGGGUUUGGAUGUGGGUAGUGGGGCAAGGGAGGGGGCAGGGGCUAUGCGUGCUCAGGCGAUGGAGGAGAGGACGCUGAGACGAGAGAGGGAAAGGGAGAGGGGUAGGGAGAGAUAUAGCGCAUUUGUGAUGUAG